UUUCCCGGUUUGAAUAUGCUAACAACAACAGGUAGUGUUAGCCUGUUAGCGGAAUGAAUGACGCAGAUAUGUAUUUUUAUUAAGUGUCCAAUUGUUUUUUACAGUUUGUGAGUGAAGCUCGUUCAGCAGCUUCCGGUUCAGCAGGUUCACUGACGGCGAGGUCGACCUGUCAGCAUGCAGUCGGAGCUGCUCAUUGGUUUGCAGCAGGAGAAGGCGGAGCUCAAACAGGAGGUGUGUCGUCUGCAGGAGGAGCUGGCAGAGAGCCGAGCAGAGAGGGAGGAGCUGGAGUCGAGGAGCAGAGCUCUGAAUGAGAGGCUGUGUCAGUCAGUGUCCCCCCCGCUCGCCCUGUCUCUGCGGCUGGAGGCGGAGCAGAGGGACGUGAGGAGGAGGGUGAGGGAGGGGAGGGAGAGGGAGGCCAGACAGGCUCUGCUCAUCCACCGACUGCAGAACAAGGUGUUGGAGUACAGAGAUCGAUGUCAGUGUUUGGAGCUUCAGCUGCAGGAUGAACACACACAGCUGAUCAACACUGAGCGGAGGAUCAGAGAUGAACACAGUGACUCUCUGGAGAGCGCCCUCAUCAGGCUGGAGGAGGAACAACAGAGGUCAGUCGGUUUAGCUGACACCAACGCUCUCCUCCGGGAGCAGCUCAGCCAAUCAGAGCAGGCCAACCAGGCCCUGAGGGAGGACCUCCAGAAGCUGACAUCUGAUUGGAGCAGAGCAGUCGAGGAGGUGGGGCAGAGAGAGGAUGAUUGGCAGAGAGAGAGGGAGUGUCACGCAGGUCAAGUGGGUCAGCAGCAGGCUCGACUGCUGUCAGUCUGGAGGUCUGUGGUCGCUCUGAGACGACAGUGUCACAGCGUGAAGACCGCCGCCGACAGGGAUCUGUGGGAGUUGAGGGCCGAGUUUUCUCGUCUCUCCUCCUCUCUCCUGUCCAGCUGUGACUCCGUCUCCUCCUCCCUGAGGCUCAUCGCUCCUCCCAUCAAACCCUUCUCUUCUGUGCCUCCCCCUCUUGUCCCCUCUGACCUCCCCCCGCCGUCCUCCUCUCCUCCUCUGUCCUCCACCCUGGUCCUCCAUCCUGCAGACUCCUCACCAUCUCCCCCUCCUCACAUCUCCUCCUCCACCCUGGGAACCUUCUCAUUAGGAGAACUGGAGCACAAAGAGGAGGAGGAGAAGGAGCAGGACAGAUGGGAGGAGAAGGAGCAGGACAGAUGGGAGGAGAAGGAGCGAGAGAUCUCAGAGUUAACGCGUCUUCAUGAGACAGAAGUCUUGCAGCUGACAGAACGGAUAGCAGAGCUGUCUCGCUCUCUGCAGAUUGAGGACAGUCAGAGGGAGGACAGAGACAGAGAGUUAGAGAGACACAGAGACACAGAGAGAAGUCUUCAGUCUGUCAGUCAGGCUGUGGUCAAACUGUCCAGAGUCCUGUCCGCCACCAGCAGCAGCAGCAGUUCUAUGUGUGUAUCCUCAGACAGCGUCCUCAGUCUGGACCUGUCCUCCCUGCUGUCUGUCCUGUCCCACGCUGAAAGCGCCCUGCAGUGGAGACACGAGGAACUGCAGGGGGCGGAGCUUUCUCUGCGGCGGCUCGGCGAGGAGAAGACAUCUGUGCAGCUGCGACUGAAACAGCUGGAGGACGACAACCAGCUGCUGAAAAAACACACUCAGCACACACAGCUGGAGCUCACACACACUCUGGACCUGCUGAACAGUGAGCGUGAGGCGUCGUCAUCGCUGCGUCUGCAGGUGGAUGAGGUGCAGAGGAGAGAGGAGGAGGUGAAGACAGAGAGAGACAGACUAAGGAGGGACAGAGACAGACAGGAGGAGAGGAGCAGACAGCUGGAGACUCAAACACUCAGAAGAGUGGAGACGGAGCUGUUGGAGAACGUCCAGCUGACUGAGAGAGAAAUUUUGCACCGCAUGGAGAUCCACACUCUGAAGGGGGCACUGGAGAGACAGCAGCUGGACAGACAGAGAGCAGAGGAAGAAGCUGCUGAUGCCAGAGACGCUUUGCAGAAGUCAAGGGAGACUGUGCUGAGUCUCUCAUCCUCUGAGUGUGUGUUGAAGCGGGAGGUGGAGGAGGCACGCGAUGCUCUGGACAAAAUGGCCGCCCUGAACUCGUCCCUGGCGUCAGAUAAGAGAGAUCUGAACAAACAGCUGCUGCAGCUGGAGUGUGAGCUGUCAGACAGCCAAUCACAGAUGCAGGCAGUGAGGUCAGAGGUCAGCUCUCUACAGAGGGAGGUCAAAACACUUAACAUGGACUGCAGCCAGCUCAGAGCGCAGAGGGAGGGGGAGGCCGACAUCAUCCGUCAGCUGAGAGGCAGAGAGGAGGAGAUGGAGAUGAUGAUGGAGGAGAAGGAGAGACAGCUGGUCUCCCUGAUGGAGGAGAGAGGGAAGGAUGGAGGUCAGCUGGAGGAGCUGUCCUCCCAGCAUGCCUCGGUGUGCGCGGAGCUGAAGGAGGCGCAGGAGCAGCUGCGGCAGGCGGCAGAGGAGGCAAGGAGGAGAGACAGGCAGCUGGAGGAGCAGCAGAGGGAGAGCAGGAGGCUGCAGGAGGAGCAGGACAGACUGCAGAGACACAGGGAGCAGCUGGAGGAGGAGCUGCAGGAGCUGAGGUCUCUGUCGGUGUCUCUCCACCAGCAGCUCAGUCAGCAGCAGAAGCAGCUGUCCCAGUCGGAGGUGGACAGAUGUCAGCUGAUGACACACAUUCACACUCUGCAGCAGGCCAAACAGACUCUGCAGGGGGAGAUCGAGUGUCUGAGAGCAGAGCUGGAGAGAGUGACAGCCGGAAGAGAAGACGAGAGGAAGAGGAGAGAAAAGGAUGAAGAGGAGAGGGAGGCGCAGAAGGAGGAGAUGGAGAGACUGACGGAGGAGGUGGAGGAGCUGAGAAGGAGGAGGAGGGAAGAGGAAGAGGAGAGGAAGGCCUGGCAGAGUGAGAGGGAGGCGCUGAGCGAGGAGCUGGGGACGAGGGACGGAGAGGUGGAGGCGCUGAGGAGGCGUGUAGAGGGACUGAUGGAGGAGGAGGGAGAGAGACAGAAGGAGGUGGAGAAGCUGAGGGAGGAGGUGACAGAGAGGGAGCUGCGUCUCGGCCACAUGUUGGAGAGGAUACAGCAGGCGGAGGGAGAGAAGGAGAGACUGGAAGAGGAGGUGAAGAGGAUGGAGGACAGCGCGAGAGAAGAGGAGGUGAAAAGGGAGGAGGAGGAGGAGGCUCUCUGUGACAGGAUUGAGAGAUUAGAAAGAGAGAAGGAGGAGAGGGAGGAGAAGAUGGGGCAUCUGAGGAGUGAAGCAGAGGAGGCGGAAAGAUGGAGGAGGAGGUUGGAGGAUGAGAUUGAUAGACUGAGAAAAGAAACCUCUGAGCUACAAGAGGAGAGGAGAGAGAAGGAGAGACUGCAAGUUGAGGAGCAGAGGAGAAGGAGGAGAAAGGAGGAGGAGGAAGUGGAGCGACUCACUGGUGAAGUGAGGAGAGCAGAAGAGGAGGUGGGGAGGCUGAUGGAGAAGGUGGGGGAGGUGGAGCUGCUGAGGGUGAGGUUGAACGUGGCAAAGGAGGAGUGCGAAGAGAUGAAGGAGGAGGUGGAGCGGAGGGACCGCAGCCUGGAGCGACAGAUGAGCGCCGUGAGGGAGAGGGAGGAGGAGGUGGAGAUGCUGAAGGAGAGGCUGAAGCUAGCAGUGGAGCAGAGGGAGGAGGGAGAAAGGGAGCGUCAGGAGGCAAAUGACAGACUAAAGCACAAAGAUGUGAAGGAGGAGCAGCUGGAGGCGCUGCUGAAAGAAACCCAUGCGCUCCUGGAGAAAGAGAGAAGGGAGGGAGGAGAAAAAGAUGUCAGGGUCUCCUCCCAGGCCAGGGAGCUGCAGGAGGCCAGGGCUGAGAGUGAGGGAGCCAGAAGGAGGGCCAGAGAGGGGGAGGAGGCCUGCAAUAGGUUGGAGGAGGAGGUGAAGGAGUGGAGGGAGAGAGCUGACCAGAGCGCACGGGAGGUGGUGAAGCUCAACCAUAUGCUGAAGGAGCUAGACGAGGAGGUGCAGCAGCUGAGAGCCACACUGCAGGACAGGGCGGAGAGGGAGGAGGAGGAUGGGAGGGAGAGGGAGGCUCUGAGGAGAAUGGAGGUGGAAAGGAGAAGGAGGCUGAAAGACAAGCUGACAGAGGUGGAGGAGGAGAAGAGGGGGUUGGAGGGGCUGAGGAGGAAAGAGGACAAGCUGAAGGAGACAGAGGAGAAGAGGAAGGGAGAGGAGGAGGUGCUUGGAAGGGUGAAGGAGGAGAAAAGUAGGCUGGAGGAUGAGCUGAGGGAGGUGAAUGAGGAGCGAGGGAGACUGGUGGAGGCUGAGAGGAGUCAGCACCUCCUGGUGGAGGAGAGAGCCAGGUCCAGAGUCAGAGAGCUGGAGGAGGAGAAGGCAGGACUGUCUGGGGAGCUGAGACGGAGGGAGAGGGAGGUGACAGCUCUGAGAGAGGAGGUGCAGAGAGAGAGGGAUAAGGCACAAGAGGAGCUGAGGAGGAGGAGAGAGGCAGUUUCUGUCCUUAGAGAGGAGGUGAAAAGGGAACAAAGGGAAAAGGAGGAAGUACAGGAGAAACGGAGGAAGACUGAGAAGGAGGGGACAGCUCUCAGAGAGGAGGUGAAAAGGGAACAAAGGGAGAAGAAGGUGGCCCAGGAGGAGAUAAUAGCCCUUAAGGAGGAGGUGCAAAAGGAGCUAAGGAAGAGGGAGGGACUACAGCAGGAACUAAACAAGACUGAGAAGGAGGUGACAGCUCUCAGAGAGGAGGUGAAAAAAGAACAAAGGGAGAAAAAGGAGUCUCAGGAGGAGUGGAGGCAGAGAGAGGAGUUACAGGAGGAGCUGAGGAGGAACAAGAAUGAGGGGGAGGUGUCUGCACUGAGGGAGGAGCUACAGAGAGAACAAAGGGAGAAGAAAGAGGCACUGGAGGAGCUGAUGAAUAAAAGAGAAGUUGUGACAUCUCUUAGAGAGGAGGUGCAGAGGGAGUGGAGGCAGAGGGAGGAGAUACAGGAGGAGCUGAGGAGGACCAAGAGUGAGUUGAGGGUCAUCACAGAGGAGGUGCAGAAGGAGAAGGAGCAGGCACAAGAGAAGAUAAUGAGGACCGAGAAGGAGGCAACAGCUGUCAGGGACGAGGUGCAGCGAAGGAGGGAGGAGGCCCAAGAGGAGCUCAGGAGGACCAAGAAUGAGUUGACAGUCAUCACAGAGGAGGUGCAGAAGGAGCAGAAGGAGAAGAACCAGGUUCAAGAGAUGUUAAUGAGGACAAAGAAGGAGGUGACAGCUGUUGGGGAGGAGGUGCAGAAGGAGCAGAGGAUGAGGGAGGAGGUGCAGGAGGAGCUGAGGAGAACCAAGAAUGAGCUGAUGCACAUCAAGGGGGAGGUGCAGAAGGAGAAGGAGCAGAUACAAGAGAAGUUAAUGAGGACAGAGAAGGAGAUGAUGGCUGUCAGAGAGGAGAUGCAGAAGGAGCAGAGGAGGAGGGAGGAGGCGCAAGAGGAGCUGAGGAGAACCAAGAAUGAUUUGAGGGUCAUCACAGAGGCGGUGCAAAAGGAGCAGAAGGAGAAGGAGCAGAUACAAGAGAAGUUAAUGAGGAAGGAGAAGCAGGUGAUGGCUGUCAGAGAGGAGGUGCAGAUGGAGCAGAGGAGGAGGGAGGAGGCCCAGGAGGAGCUGAGAGGAGUGCAGCAGAGCAUGGAGGUGAUGAUGGUGAACCUCAGCUCCCUGCAGACUCAGGUGUGUGACCUGAGUGGGAGCAGGGAGCGAGCUAAGCAGGAGGUGAAGGAGAAGGAGGAGGAGAAGCAGCAGAUGAAGGAGGGCCUGAGACUCGCUCUGGAGGAGAUGACCAAGCUCCAACUCCUCCUGCAGGAGAGCCACGCAGAGGGGGAGCGCCUGAGGAGCACUCUGAGGGAGAAGAAGGAGGAGACUGAACGGCUCAGAGAGGAGAACACAGAGACGGAGAGAGGAGAGAUGGAGGAGCUAAGAGCCAGAGCUAAGGCCCUGGAGAGAAGGAGGAGAGAGAUGAUGGAGGAGCUGGAGGAGGCUCGACAGGCAAAGGAGAAGGCUGAGAAGCAGAGGAGGGAGGCCGAGGAGAGGUGGAGGAGCAGAGUGGAAGAGGUGAAGGAGGAGCAGGAGGUGAAGCUGAAAGCCCUGUUGAGAGAAAUCCAGACUCUGAAGGAGAAAGAGGAGGAGUGGAAAUCCAUGGUGGAGGAGGCAAGGAGGGAGGCGCAGGAAUGUCGAGGCGAACUGAGCCAGGUCAGAUCCAUAGAGGAGAUGGAUGGACAGAGGAGGAGAAGGAGGAGAGACAAGGAGGUGGACAACAAGGAGAAAGGAGGAGGAGGAGAGCAGGAGGAGAAGGAGGAGGAGCAGAUCUCUGUGCUGCAGGAGAAAGAGGAGCUGAGGAGGCUCCUGAUGCAGAGAGAAGCCGAGGUGUACACUCUGACUCAGAGGACAGAGGAGCUGGAGAAAGACAGAGAUCGUGUCCGAUCUGCUCUGGAGCGAACUGAGGCUGCUCUGAUUGGCUACAGGGAGAGAGCCCACCAACUGGAGCAGAGCCCGGGGGCGGGGCCUAACACAGAUGAGGCUGUGGGGGACAGACUGGAGGUCCUGCAGCGUCUGGUGGCUGAACUGGAGCUGGAACAGAAACGACUGAACAAGAAAAACUCUCAUCUGGAAAAUCAGAAGGACAAACUGAAGAGAGACAGAGACACACUGAGGGACACACUGAGACAGGUGGAGACGGAGCGUUCGAAGUUCAGACAGCAGCUGACUGACAGCAGCAGAGCUCAGUCUGCAGACACCACAGAAGAAGAGCGCCUGCGGAGCAGAGUGAGGGAGCUGGAGGAGCAGGUGAGUCAGCUCCGUCUCUUAUUGGCUGUGGACCAGCAGCAGAGGGCGGAGUUUAUCCAGCAGUCCUCCAGAAACAGUCAGUGGCUGAUCUCUCUGAGACACGACCUCACCGACUCGCUGGACGCCGUCACGCGCCGUCCAAUCCCAUCCGUCCUGGAGUCUGAGACACAGCGAUUGGACCGCAGCCUGAGGGAGGAGGAGCUUAGGCUGUCCCUCAGCCAAUCAAAAUAAAAACUCUACAAACUGAAGCUUUUGACCAAAGAGGGGAUCAGCUGUGUGCUGUCGCCAUGGAAACAGCUUGAUAGUUCAGCGUGUUUUCAAACACAUCACAUUGAAUACAAAGCAGGCUGCGUUCAGGGACCAUCGGGACAGUCUGUAUUGAGUUAUGAGUCAGUCUGAAGGUAAAACUUCAUCAGAUGUUUACUGAGUUAUUUAUUGUUUGUAUUUAUAUUCUGAUCUCUGUCAGAGCCCCGAGCCAUGACACUACAUCUCCCAUGAUCCUCCAGUCUGAGCUGUGAGUCUGGCUCAUGUGAAGGUCAGAGGUCAGCUGUGUGUUUUGUGUAAAGUUCAAUAAAAACCAAAGUUUUGAUAAUCUGG